CUGCCUGCAGCUCGGCUGUCGACAGUGCUGCCUGGGUUCUCCGCGUUCUUUCAGCACUGCCUUUUUGGUCCCCACGUGGGCUCCGGGGUGAUGGCGGCGCUGAUUGUUUCCGAGACAGCGGAGCCAGGAAGCCGAGUCGGCCCUGGCAGAGGACGCAUCUCUCGGGGUCGACUGGCCAAUCAGAUCCCCUCUGAGAUCCUGAACAACCCCCAGCUACAGACUGCUGUUCAAGCCCUGCCUUCUAACUACAACUUUGAGAUCCCGAAGACCAUCUGGAGGAUCCAGCAAGCCCAGGCCAAGAAGGUGGCCUUACAAAUGCCAGAAGGCCUCCUCCUCUUUGCCUGCACCAUUGUGGAUAUCUUGGAAAGGUUCACAAAGGCUGAAGUGGUGGUGAUGGGUGACGUGACCUACGGGGCUUGCUGUGUAGAUGACUUUACUGCAAGGGCCUUGGGAGUCGACUUUCUGGUGCACUAUGGCCACAGCUGUCUAGUUCCCAUGGAUACAUCAGUUCAAGAUUUCCGUGUGUUGUAUGUCUUUGUGGAUAUCCGGAUAGAUACUGCCCACCUUCUGGACUCUAUCCGCAUCACCUUUACCCCAGGCAGCUCCCUUGCUCUGGUCAGCACCAUUCAGUUUGUGUCAACUCUGCAGGCAGCUGCACAGGAGCUGCAAGCUGAUUAUCAUGUCAGUGUCCCACAGUGCAAGCCCCUGUCCCCUGGGGAGAUCCUCGGCUGUACAUCCCCUCGACUGCCCAAGGAAGUAGAAGCUGUUGUGUAUCUUGGAGAUGGCCGUUUCCAUCUGGAGUCUGUCAUGAUUGCCAACCCUAAUGUCCCUGCUUACAGGUAUGACCCAUAUAGCAAAGUCCUCUCCAGAGAGCACUAUGAUCACCAGCGCAUGCAGGCCAUUCGCCAGGAAGCCAUUGCUGCAGCACGCUCGGCCAAGUCCUGGGGCCUCAUUCUGGGAACUUUGGGUCGCCAGGGUAGUCCCAAGAUCCUGGAGCACUUGGAAUCUCGGCUCAAAGAAUUGGGACUUCCCUUCGUGAGGCUUCUGCUCUCUGAGAUCUUCCCCAGCAAGCUCAGUCUACUUCCUGAGGUGGACGUGUGGGUGCAGGUGGCAUGUCCACGCCUCUCCAUUGACUGGGGUUCAGCCUUUUCCAAGCCACUGCUGACACCCUACGAGGCGGCCGUGGCCCUGAAGGACAUUUCCUGGCAGCAGCCCUACCCUAUGGACUUCUAUGCCGGCAGCUCUUUAGGGCCAUGGACUGUGAAUCACGGUCGGGACCCAGGACCCCGGGGUCUUGGCCAGCUCGGCAAGGUGCAGCAGGGCUCCCGAGGCCCGUCUCCAGCCCCGGCCUGUGGGGGUUGCAACUGCGCAGACCGGAAGGCUGCCCCGCCGGCUCCCUGAGGCGUCUCCAGCCGCAGGGCCCUGUGCUCCGGAGGAGCAGCCUCGAGGCUGGUGGUUUUCCGAACAGGAAGCAGAUGUUUUCUCCGCGCUGGAAGAGCCUGCGGCGUGCAGGGGUUUGGAGGCGGCCCUGGAAACGGUGGCAAAAGCCCUGGACUCGCUGGGGCCUUUUGACGGACUUCUUGGCUUCAGCCAGGGGGCUGCA